CCCCGAUCAACAUAUAUCAAAACAAAAACAAACAGUCCCCAUAUUCCAAUUUCCUACUCUGUCAACCUAAGUGAAUUUAACACACACUUCCAUCCCGAAGUAUCUACUACUUACUAUCUACUAUCUACAAAUAACUAUCCAUCCAUCCUCACCCUUCACUCGCAAUCCAUGGCCCUGAAACCAACAACAACAACAACAACAACAACAACCACCACCACCACCACCCUCCUCACCCUCCUCAUCCUGACCCUCACCCUCCCCACCCCCAUCUCCGCCAGCCCCACAGCCUACGGAAUCUGCCAAGCUGGCUGCGCCGCCGUCGUAACGGCCUGCUAUUCCGCGGCGGGAUUCACCUGGGGUGCGACGCUGGGAGCCACCGCUCCUCCGACCAUCCUGGCGUGUAAUUCGGCGUUUGGGACGUGUCAGGCCGCUUGUGCGGUUACGUUGUUGAUUCCGACGUUGUGAUUGUGGAUGAGAGGGG